AAAAAGACAGAGCAAGAUUAAACAGUACUACAAGUUUCAGUAGCUCACACAAAAAGCUCCAGCUUUUCACAGCUAUGGCUUCCUUAACCCUACCCUUCACUCUCUCACCGAGGACGGAGCUCAGGGUGGGGAAUUUUUCAAUGCCUUCGAGUAAUUUCUCAGUCAGAACACAGGUUGUUUCUGCAAUGAAAAAGGAUAAUAAAGGUCGACGAGUAUGGAGGCGAAGAAAAUUGACAAAGAAAGAUGAGAAGUUGCAGUACAAUCUGGAAAGAGUACCUUUUCUAGAGGAGCAAGUUAGGAAGAUACAGGAAGGAGGAAAGCUCCUGACAAUGGAUAUCGAAAGGCUACUUUUAUCAGAAGAUAAUCGGUUUGAUUUUGUUAAUGAGAUAGCAGCCGAGGCCACCGAGUAUGUUGUCAACGACAGUGAUUCGUAUGGAGGUCACAGGAAAGCAAUCCUUCAUGUGAUAAGUAACCGAGUGAACGAUGCUGGUUUUUACAGACCAGAGGCCUAUGCAGAAUCAGACCCUUAUAAGCCAGGACCUUCUUAUUUGAAAGAAGAAUUUACCUAAACAGAUUUUGAGCUUUUGGUGUAAAAUCUUCGAGUGUUGAGAAUUUUUUCGGCAUUUUUUAUAUUUUAAUUGUUAGAAUUAUUCUGCUGAGUUGCAAUACAGGAUUUUAAACAGGAAUUGUGGCUGAUAUGAUCUCACCAAUGAACUUACAGUGCUUCAAUGUAUCUUCAAAUUUUUCAAUCAAAAUACAUGAAAGAUCUAUACAACCAAAUAUAAUUUUAUCAAUCUUUCCAAUCAAGU